AUGCCGAAAAAAAAACCCAUACCGGUGGAGGAUCUGGUAGUGCCGCCACAGGACACCCGAAUAUGCGGUACGAUAUGCGUGUGCCAGAUGACGGCCGUGUUGAGCAGUGUGGCGAUCGUGUACCUAACCGUGGCCAUAUACAUGCCGACUAUGCGCGAGUUUCAAUCGGGAAUAUCGGAAAACCCGGUGAUAUGCACCACCACCAGGAACGUAUCGGAGACGAAGUGUAACUGGAGUUCGUGCAGCGAAUGGUGCCUUAGCAAGCCGUCCGGCGGCUGUGUUCAAAUCUACGUCAACAUCCGACAGAACGGAUCAGCGAUGCUGUUCCAAAACUGUUCGCAUACCGUCAACAAGACGUGCUUCGGGUUCGACCCAGAGAACGCCAAGAAGUACACGUGCAUCCGAGACGAGUGCAAGGCGCUGACCGGCACAUUCAACUGUACCGCUGGCGUAUGCAUAAACAUUACGGACGCAUUCCGGUGCGAAUUCCGCAACACGGCACCGGAAGCACUCAAGUGCAACUUGCACCGGGGCAAGAUCACUUGUAUGACAAUAAUGGGCCUAAACAACUGCGUGCGGGGCGAGUGCAACCGGAUAUUAGAGCCGUACAAUUGCGACAGGCGGUGCGUGGACAUACCGAGCCGAAACAAGAACGUGAUUGUGCUGAGCGGGGACCGGGCGUACUUGACCAGGUGCGAAAUGGCGGCGUACCUGCCGGGCUACAUGGACGGUGACCCUGUGCCAUCGGAUGACAACGACCGGCAGAAGAUAAUAUGGACCGAGGAACAAGACGAGAUAUUGAUCGUGUCAUGCAUGAGCGUUGUGACCAGCAGGACCGACGAACUACUGGCCACGGACUGCGUUAACGGGUCGCUAUUACGCAAAGACGUGCUGGCGGACUUUGCCAAUUUCUCGCACCUGACCAACCUGAACUCGCAGAGCGACCGACCGAUCACAAUUAACGACGACGUGGCGCCACGCGAACAUAAACUACUGAUUGCCAAGGAUAGUCGCCUGCACAUCAACCUGCAGGGCUGUGUCAAUACUCUGCGCGGCGAGUGCGACGUUUUCAUCCGGAAGUACGGCAAGGACGGUUCCGAUCAUAACGCUCGAGCCCGGUUCAGGUGUUUCUACGCCACUGGCAUACCCGAGCUGGCGGUGGUGCGGUUCAACCUGGAACGCACGUACAAAGAGUUUCUGGUGGCGUCCGUCGUGCCCGUCGUCAUGUUGGUGAUAUCCUGCUUGACGCUGAUAUUGUGUCAGAGGACGGUGGAGGUGGGGGACGACGCCAAAAUGCGGUUCAAACGAAAAAGCAUGAAGACCCUAUUCCCGCUGAACGAUCGCGAGUUGGACAGUAUAGCCGACCGUAGAUCGUCCACAAUGGACUUGGACAACACGUCUCUCUGA